AUGAGGGUCCCAUGGCCAGAAGCCUUCGAGGAUGGAAACGCGCGGGCGUUCCUGGAGGAUUUCGAAGAAGUCGCGAAGCUGGAGGGAAUACGGUUGGACCGGGGUGAUAAUGACUCGUACGGUUUCUGUAACUGGGUGGAACACGAAAUUCCAAUGAAGGCAAAAAAAUUCCGGUCCUAUGUUUCACGCCGAAUUCCACUACACUUGAAGGACGAAGUCAAGCGGCAGGCCAAACAAAUGUUGAAAGAAGGAAUCAUUGAAGAAACUCGUCAAAAAGCCCAACGGGAGAUUAAACAAUAUGUACAAAACAAGCUCAUUGGUCAUCCAAGCCCCAGUCAAUCGCGUUCCAGUAUUUCUGGUGUUGUUCAGCUUCUGUCUGGUCCGGGCGGGUUCUCAUUGGCUGGUACGAUCGACUUAUGGUAUGUAGUCCAGAUGUUGUGGCACGCAUGCGCUUUGCUGACGUCACCCGUGAAGCUUGAUUGA